UUUGAUCUUCCUGGUAGCCUACAUUUCUCUCUGAUCAAUUCCAUCGCUAUGUCUUCACCGAUUUGAACUUUUCCAUACUUGUGUUAUACAUCUGUGACAUGUUGCCUUUGCAAGUUCAAUUUCAACUUGUACCAGAUGGUGUACAACAACCAAAUGUUCAGAGACAGACACAUCUUGUCAUACAGAGCAUUUUCGAUAAAAACUUGAAGAAGUUAGAAAAGCUUCUCCAGAAAUCUAACAUUAACCAUGUGUAUCCUUGUGCGGAGUGGGACGAUGACGUCCCCCCUAUCUGUGCAGCGGUUAUCUGUCAAAAUGAAGACCUCUGUACAUACCUUCUUAAAGAGGGGGCCAACCCUAACAUCCCGUCAUCAAGAGGCCUGACACCCUUGAUGUAUGCUCUGCAUUACAAUGUGUCAAUUCAUAUAUUUAGACAACUAUUAAAUGCAAAAGCUGAUCCUAAUUUAGGAUUGCCCACUCCAAUAACACAAGCCGCAUGUAAUAACAGAAAGGAUGAAGCAAGGGAAUUGCUCAAGUAUGGAGCAGUGCCUGACUUAAAUUACAUAUCAAAUCCAAACAAUGAUAAAUUACUAUCUAGCUUGUUACAUGAGUUAUCUGCAGGGAAUGAGCAAAUUACUAAAUAUUCAUUAUUUUUUGACAUUACGUGUGACAUGACGAUGAAGCACCCAGAGGAAAUAUUCAAAUUGUACCACCAGCAUUUUUUAGAUGUACACCCAAGCAUGCAUGUUACCCUUUUUGAUAGGGUAUUCUCUGUUGCAGGUCCCCAUGCUUCAGCAUACAGGCAGCUGGGGAUUAAGUGGCUAAAAGAUUCUCAAAACCUGCACAGAUAUGUAGAGGAGGUAAUUAAAAACUUUUCAAAACUUCCUGAUACAAUUCAGCUAAUCGUUGCAAACAAUAUACGCUCAGCUUUCUGUCUCAUGGAAGAAAUACCAGUGAAGUUUUCACAUCCCCUUGUGCCCAUCCUUCUGCAAUGUCUUACAAAGACCACACCUGAGGGUCCUGCCCAAAUUCUUACGUUGCUAAAUGUCAUCACACAAAAGACCCCCAAACAGAAAGAUGGAUGGGAUGUCCACUUUAUCACAAAAAUGUGUGAUGGCAUAGUCCUCUUCACAGAUCCAAAACACCCAGCUGAUAUUGGUGUACUAGCCUAUGGGAUAAUAGCCAAUCUAUAUUCAUAUGGGGGUGUACCUGAGGUUAUCACAUCCCUUGGUGUUACAUCAGUUCCAGAGAGGGUAUUGAAUACUGCAGAUAGCUGGGUGGAUGAAACCUUCAAAAAGAAAUUCAGAGAACUGAAUGAAAGCCUUAGAAAGCGAUCUUCAGAUGGACGAUUGUUAGAUCAGGAAAUGUCUACUCUGGAACAGGAAAAAAGAAAGAAGAAGAAGAAGAAGAAAAAGAAGAAGAGCAAACAUAUAAAUGAAGUGGAGGCUGGUUCAAUGACUGAAACUCCAGACUUUAAUACGCCAGUGAAUUCAGUUGAAGAAUCUCUCUCUGUUGAUGAAAGCUCAAGUGUUAAGCCAUUUCUUUCUGUUUCUGACACUUCCAUUGACAAAAUAUCAAUUCCCCGACCUUGGCUCAAAAUCAGUGUACGCUGGAGGCUAAAGUUGGAAAAACUUGCUAACAUGAGAACAGCAGAGGUGAAGAAAGUCGGAAAUCUCACUUUUUGUGUAAAUUCUCAAAAUCUGAUUGCAAGAGGUAGUGAUGGCACUGAGGUAUUUCUUGGCCUCAGAGAUGACGGCACGGAAGUUGCUAUUAAACGCAUGACCAAGUCAAACUACCAGCUGCUUAAAAAUGAGGAGGCAUUCUUGCGUCUGCCACAGCUUGAAAGUCCCAAUAUUGUGCGAUAUGUAGACUUUGCUGAUGAUGAAAACUUUGGCUAUUUAGCCCUUCAGCUUUGUGAAUACACCCUGGAAGAAUACAUUCAAAGUCACUUACCAGAGGACUGCUUGGAAAGGAAGAUCGUUCUUAAGGCAAAAGUGGAAGAAGUCCUUCGUAGCUUAGAAGUCCUCCAUUGUCAUGACACCAAAGUGCUCCACAGGGACAUCAAACCCCAGAAUGUUUUGAUUGGUAAGAACAAUGACCAUUUUCAUCUUUUUCAUCUGAUUUUAUAUAAGUGCUGUUUUCGUGCACCAUUCUCUCUUUGUUGUGUGAGUCACUCAUGCCAAAUCAAUUAGUUAAUUAGAAAUUGAUAACUGACAAAAAAUAUAUCAAGCGGUCUUGGAUUUUACUGCAUGUCAUUCUUCAUUGGAUAAAGAGCUACCUCUCUAGAACACAAUGUGUAUUUAAAAAGAUCUAGCAGGGUUCCACAGGGGAGUUGCUUGGGUUGAUUAUAAUUUUCAGUUUACAUAAUUUAUCAUCUGAUAUUAUACAUGCUAAUGUAGUGAAGUACCUGUACCUGAAAAACGGUGAUUCGAGUUUGUGCACUGACUCACAGUGGGCAAAACUUGCCAUUGUUAUGGACAAUAUCUUCACUACAUCCCUUUACAAUCACGCAAUUCACAUCAGCAUAUGUCUAUUACUGCUGUGGUACUGUAUGCCUGGAUUUGUUGACUUCAGAAUUUAGACUGACACUGAUGAAAAGGAAGAUUCAUGUGAGCUCCAGUAAAUAACUCUAUCCAGUAGCUACUGAAUAUCUCACAUGAAUCUCCCUUUUCAUCAGUGGCAGUCUAAAUUCUGACCUGAAUAUUAACUGACUGAGGAAUUUGCUGGCAGUGGUAGGUAUACAUAGAAAGUGGGGAGUAGUAUGUGAUGGACUAGAGCAUAUUUGGAAUAUGUUGGAAUGUGUGCCACAAAAUGGAUUUUAAUUGGAGUAAACAAAAUGGAAUUAAUGGAGUUUGAACAUUUAAGUGGCAUUUUUGCCAUAACAUGUUCCAUGACCUAAUCUGCACAAUAUGAAAAUAUACUUUUCAUCCUAAACCAUAGUUUACAAAUACUCAAAGAGGUAAGGGAACAAAUAGGUGGCAGGUUGAGUAUAUGGGCCUGUAAUUGUCGAAGAUGGAAGCAUCCAAAUGUUUCUUUUUGAGUACUGUAAGUGCUUGAAGACAGCUGUUUUCAGGGACAGUAGUGCGCCAUUUACAAUUUGAUGUGAUGCAUGCCAGCAGCAGGUAGAUGAAAGAUGAAUUUGAACAAGUUGUUAGUGUCCAGGUAACAUGAAGAAGAUUAAAGACUUUACUGUUUUAACAAGGUUUUUUUUUUUUUAAUUAUUAUUAUCAGGCUUAAGUCUGCAAUCAAGUUCAUAUCCCAGAUAGUGGUCGCAGGUGACUCAUUUAUAAAUGAGAGGAUAUUCCUGAUGUAGUUUUAUACAUUUUCCCUUUGAAAAUAAGAGAAAAGCCUAUACAUUCUUGCUUUGUAUUCUAUUCUACAAUGCUUUGCAUGACUCUGACUCUAUUCCUUCACAAGAUAUUCAAGGAAAAGCCAGGAUGGCUGAUUUUGGCAUCAGCAGAAGACUGAAUGUUGGACAAACAACACUGGUCACAAAGUCUGCUGCAGGAACCAAAUGCUGGAAGUCCAGAGAAGUUGUUGAUGAGGAUAGUGACACUGGCUUUAAGAGAAGCUCCGAUGUUCAGGUUGCAGGAAUGCUGGUGUACUACAUCGUCUCCUGUGGACACCAUCCUUUUGGGAAAGGGGUUCACUGUGAGAUUAACAUUCUAAAUGGGAAGUACAAUCUGGAUUUGGUGGAAGAUGAGCUGGCUAAAGAUCUGAUUGAGUGGAUGAUCCGGGCUGAACCCAGCCACAGGCCGAGAGUGGAGGAAACACUCACUCACCCCUACUUCUGGAAAAAUGAGAGGAAGGUGGAAUACUUGAUAAAAGUGGGGAAUCAGACUGAGGUAGAAAACUUCCGAAAUGCUGACAAGAAGCUCCUGGAGGAACUGGAGAAAUGGACAGUGGAUAAAACCUUCUCUGAUUGGAAGACCAAAUUUCCCCCUGAGCUGGUCCACAAGCUGGAUGAGAAGCAGAAGAAGGCCUACCCUGAGAACACUCUGGCUCUCCUGCGUUUCAUACGCAACGUCCACGAACACCACUCUGUUGAUGCAGACCAGAUUGAGCUGAUGACAUUGUUUCCUGACCUGUUCUCGAGUGUCUACAAGUUUGCUAAAGUUAAGGACUGGAACUCAAGACCAAGCCUGAGGAAAUACUUUAAAGAGGCCUAACUUUUACAGUCCGUCUUUUUCUAUCAUCAUGGUUCUGGUUCUGUUUUUAAUUGGCCAAAGGCAUUUUAAUGUGUAUACUCCAGUAUCUUAAAAAUAUUGCAAAUUUGCAUUAAAGGUCCUAUAGAAUGGAUGAAUUGAGUAUUGCACUGUGUUCUCUGAUGUUAAAAUAGUAUAUAUUCAACUUUGAUUUAAAAAAAUAAACUCAAUUGCAAGUUUACAAGACUAAUUAAAACCAUAUAUUUAGGCUGGGUAUUGAAAUGGUCUGUUUGACUAAAUGGCGCCCUCUUUGGCAACCCCAAUUGAACUUCAAUGGCUUUGCGAGGUCUGACAUCACAAGCAAGCAGUUUUGCUGAAUCGCCCAUUUUUUAGUGUCUAUUUCUAAGUUCAAGAUUUCCAUAUGAAGGAGGGCACAACUAUGUCUCAUGUUCAUGACAGCUCUUUGUUUAUGCACAACCUCUCAUAAUUCAUGAAAACCAAGAAAAAAAUGAUUUCCAUUCUAGGUCACCUUCAACAUUUUUAGUUUAGGAAAGUCUCUCAGGAAUGUUGAUGUUCACGAUUGAUGCAUUUUGUCAAUCCUCUUUGCUUGAGCGCUACUUAAGUCUUCUAAAGCAGUGAUGUGGGAAAUAAACCUUUUAUGCUUUUAUAUUUUC